GUGAUGCUCAUAGACCAAACGAUUCUCUUAUCAAUCCCUUUCCUUUAGUUUCUCCAAUUCUUCACACACAAAGUCUUGCUUAUUUGGGGCUAAUCGAUAUGGCAGUUGCUUUAUGGGUUCGGCAUUUUGAGUUUUGA